AUGUCGACAUACAAUGAAUCGACAAUCUCGUCCGAAUUUUAUAGCGAUUCUCUCCUAAUUUUCUCUAAUUCACUCUUACUCGCUCUUUCUCUCUCUCUCACUCUCUCUCAUUCUCUCUUUCUCUCUCAUUCUCCCUCUCAUUCUCUCUCUCAUUCUUCUCCCUCAAUCUACCUAUCUUAUUCUCUCUCUCUUAUUCUUCCUCUGUCUCUCAUUCUGUCUCUCACACUUUCUCGCUCAUUCUCUCUCUCUCUCUCAUUCUUUCUUCCUCAAUCUUUCUAUCUCAUUCUUGCUCUCUCUCUCUCUUAUUCGCUUUCCCUCACUGUUUCUAUCUCAUUCUCUCUCUCUCAUUCUUUCUCUCUCUAUCAUUCUCUCUGUCACUCUUUUUCUCCCAUUCUCUCUCGCAUUGUCUCUCUCAUUCUUUCUCCCUCACUCUUUCUAUCUCAUUCUCUCUCUCUCAUUCUUUCUCUCUCUUAUUCUCUCUCACUCUUUCUCUCUCAUUCUCUCUCGCAUUGUCUCUGUCAUUCUUGCUCCCUCACUCUUUCUAUCUCAUUCUCUCUCUCUCUCUCAUUCUUUCUCUCCCUUAUUCUCUCUCACUCUUUCUCUCUCAUUCUCUCUCUCAUUAUUUCUCCCUCGCUCUUUCUAUUUCAUUCUCUUUCUCAUUCUUUCGCUUUCUCUCUCAUUCUCUCUCUCACUCUUAUUCUUUCGCUCUCAUUCUCUCUCUCAUUCUUUCUCCCUCACUUUUUCUGUCUCAUUCUCUCUGUCUCACUUCUCUCUCUCUCUCUUACUCUUUCUCUCUCAUUCUCUCUCUCUUGUUCUCGUUUCACUUUUCGCAAGCAGUCGGUCACUGAUUGCUUCAGCUUAUGCGCCAGUCUUCUUCAGAGACACAUUCUUACAGAAAGUCAUACAUUUCUUUCCAAGAGUCAUUCCAAAUCGAAGUCUAAGCCAGUCUCAGAAAAACAGAAACGUUAA